AUGGUGAGACCCGCGACCAUCGCCUCGGGCGCCGUUCCCUUCUUCGAGCUGGCUGCGCGAGGUCCGCACAUUGCGAAGCGCCAGACCUCGCAAAACGCAUGCGCCCAACUCUCAGAAGCCUACAGCGGCGGCAGUGGCGCGUUCAAUGGAACGUUCGGUAGCAGUAGCCCCGCCCUCGUGAGGCCCUCCAUCGCCUACGAGUGUUUGCGCUCGAUAGCUGUCGACACCGAGCGUGACAUCGCCCUCCUCGAGUACCUUGAGCCAUGGCUUGAGUUUCAGAGCACUGUCGGCAUCCUGGCCGAUCCUCCCGAGGGCUACAUGUACCCUGGUGUCGACAUUUUGGGUGGUUUCUCCAACAUGACAAGCAUGCUGCGGAACGGCGACUACGACAACCAAUACGACUUUGUCGUUGACUUGUUCCGCCUCAUCAACGUCAAGCCGCGCGAGGGCCAUUUGUCUUAUACCCCAGCUCUGAUUAGCGCUAUUCAAUUCGCCACGCCGGCCGUCUUUAUUUCCAUUUCGGAAGACGGCACCAGCCUACCAAGCAUUUACCUAUAUGAGCCAAAGUCAGGGUUUACGACGCCGCCGAAGUCGUCUCUUUCGACGGCACCCCCAUCUUCGACUGGCUUCAGCAGCGUGGUGUCGACAACGACCGGAAGCCAGGAUCCUGAUGCUUCGUGGAACUCCCAGCUGUACAGCGCGGCUCUCGACAACAUCGGCGUCUCUGCUGCUUCUACAAUCUUCGCCCACGGCAAUCUCACUGAUCGGAGCACCAUCGUCUUUGGCAACGAUACCGAGGUCUCCUUCAACAACGUCGCUGUGCUUGUCGGCGACUUCUCUAAUAUUUCGUCCGGCGAAGAUGUUCACAACAGAUUUGAAGUCCCCGACAGGUUUGGAAACGCAGAGUCGAGCCCCUUCACAAAGUUGGCGAAGCGCCAGUCCGACGGCUUCGACAAUGUGGGCUAUCCGGACCCUUUCGUCAUCCACGAGGACGGCUAUAUCAGCGGCUACCACUUCCGUCGUGGCAAGCUGGACGAUACAGCUGUACUCGCCGUCAAGAGUUUCUUGACCUCCGACCUGGAGUCGCAACCCGAGGCUGACUUGGAAGAGUUCGUGCGCGUCGUGUCGACCUUUGUCACAGACUCUGCCGACGAUGGGAAGGACCGCCUGAUCAUCGAUUUCCAAGGAAACGGUGGUGGUUCUCUAGCCAAUCUCAUCGCGCUGUACCUUUUCCUGUUCCCCCAGGCCGAGACCUUUCUCCCGCUACGAGCCCGCGCCAAUCCGCUCCUCAACUGGAUGGGCGAGACUGCCGCCGAGUUCCGAGCGCCCAUGCUGCCCGUGUACGACCUCCGGACCGCCGUCGACGAGGACAUGAACACCUUCAGCAGCUGGUCCGACUUUUACGAUCUCGAAACAAUCCUCGGCGACGACUUUACCCAGAUAUACCACCCCUUGGAUAUGAGUCUCUUCCGCCAGUUCAGUAGCCUCCCUGAGCACUUCACUGCCAACAACACUGUAAUUGUGACAGACGGUUUCUGUGCUUCAGCGUGCGCGCUCGCUGUAGGUCUCAUGUCGCGCCUCCUCGGCAUCCACGUCGUCACCCUCGGUGGCCGCCCCAACGAGCGUCCUGUGCAGGCGGUUGGCGGCACCAAAGGUGGACCCAUCCUGACUCUUGACUGGGGCAAGGCCAUCUUCCCGGAUAUCGCUUCCGAGGAGCGACCUCCAUCAGACCUGAGGACAGCGCCCUUCUCGGAGGUGGGUCCGCCGCUGGCAGGUCCUCCGCCCGAGAUGAUCGUCGUCAACUCCGCCAACGUUCACCUACACGACGACGACGAUGCGGCGCCGCUGCAGUUCGUCUACGAGGCCGCCAACUGUCGUCUCUUCUACACGUGGGAGACCCUGACCAAUCUCACCAGCCUCUGGGAGGCCGUCUCGGAUGUCAAGUGGGAUGGCGCCUCCUGCGUGUCGGGGUCGACGACCAACAGCGACAACACAAUCGGUGACUCUGCCCCGGCGUUCUCGCAAGACUACGUCUCCAAGUUCACCUGGACGCCCGGCCCCGGUGAUAUCUCGGACAGUCCACCCACGGGCCCCGGCGGCGGCGGUAACGGAAGGAGCAAUGGUGGCGGCGGCAACGGCAAUGGCAACGGCAAUGGCAACGGCAACGGCGGCUCUUCGAACGGCGAUGGAUCGGACAAUGCCGCGGGCCGGGUCACCGGCGCGAGCCUCACCGCUCUGGUUGGCCUGGCGGCGGCUGUGGUUGCGUUUGCUUGA